GGGGAUGACAUAUUUCUUCUCACUCUCAAAUUGUAAUAAAGUCUCUCAACCAACUCCACACCCAAUAUAAUAUCUCUCUCUCACACUCUCUACACUCACAUAUCUAUUUACUCAUAAUUACUACCAACCAAAUCUUCCUUAUUUUUCUAUCUCCCUACCCCCAUGUGCUCGGAGCCACCGCAUAGCACCCAUCAUCCCCCCACCUCCACCCCGACGCUACCUCUGUCUUGGCUUCCAGUACUGGAGCCCCCAUGGAUGCCAACCCCCCCGCGUUUAACUUUGGUCUCUGUCCCCUUUUUGUGGGAGGAGGCGCCGGGGAAGCCGAGGCGGCCAUCUGCUGCAUCAAAAGUUCUGUGGCAGGUUCCCGUGGUGGCCGCCGGGAAGCUGCCUCCCCCACCACGGCUUUUGAAGAACGAGGUGGUGAAACAAAGCAACAAUCUAGCGUCGCCAACGAGGGUUGUAGAGGGAGAUGAUCAAAGGGGUGGGGUGGUGGUGGGAUCAAAGAGAUGGGGUUCUUUUAGGAUGUGUGACAGUAAUGGAAGCGGGAGGUUUCGAAGGGGAAGAUCAGCUUCAUCAUCGUCAUUGUCACUUUCGUCUUAUGCAACUUCACACUUCCUGGUGAAUAUCUAUGAAAGCUUUAAACAGAUUGUCCCAUGGAGAAGAAGAAGAACAAGAUAGUUAUUAAUUAACUAUAAAAAAUUAAGUCUUUAAUUUGCAUAUGCUUUUAAGUCUAUAAAUAUAUAUAAAUUAGAGAACUGAUCAGUACCAAGUUUAAAAAUUGUAUAUGUUAUAUAUAAGAGAUAUUUGAGACAAUUGAUUUAGUAUAACUCAACACAUAUUAUUUUACCUUAAAAA